UAUAUGAAUUUUUGCAGUCUACUGACCAACACCAGUUAUAGAAAUUAGACUGUAUCUCUGACUUCAGCUUCAGAGCAAAUAUGUCUAUCAUCACGACUGUGGCACUCCUGGUUUUCCUGGCCAUUCCUGAGGGUAUCAGUCAGGGGGAUCAAGGGGUGAUCCUACGAUGUCGAUGCAUCACCAAGGAGAAAAAACCCAUUGGACGUUACAUUGGAAAGGUGGAGGUGAACCCUGCAAGCUCCCACUGCAAAGACAUUGAGAUUAUUGCCACUCUUAAAAAGGAUGGGCAAAAGAUAUGUCUGGACCCUGAAGCUCCAUGGGUCAAAAAAGUGCUUGCGAGGAAACCAGCUGAGCAGACUCCUUGAAGAACAAACCUUAACAGAUUGGGGUUAGAUGGAAAGAGGGACACAUUUUCAUCACCACUGAAGUUCAAAGUGGAUUAGUGUAUGGACUGUACUUAUGGAGCACAAAGAGCUGGUAUUGCAUAAUGGAAUCUUUCCCACAUGGCAGCUGUGAUACUCAAGAGCAUGUGCCUAUAUCAUCUACCCAACUUUUGAAUUGUCCCGAGUGCAAGCGAGAAAAGAAGGAGUGCUGAAACAAGCCUAUAUUCUGAAGAAUAUGUUAAACAUCAUAUGUCUACUUACUUUCAAAGAGCUAUUGUAUUUCAACUAUGAAGCAGGCUAAAUGGAAAAAAAACUGUAAAAAUAAAAAAUUAAAAACUGUAGGGUAAAUGUACAAUAAACAGGUGUAUUCUGUUAAUAAAAUUCUGUUCCUUAUGAUUUAAUACUCAGCACCAUGGAAAUAAUAUGGGCACAAACUGAACAUAGAUGGAAUAUUUGAAGACUGCAGUACAGAAGUAAAUUCAACAGCAGUGUCUGUGUACAAACUUGUUUCCGGUGUUGUUUUAAUGUAUUAUGUUACACAUCCAAAAUACAACACUAAGUGUCGGCUACCAUGGAACUGUGGAAACACUAUGUUGAAUUUGAUAUUGUCUACAAUAUUAAACCUGACAUUUUCUAGUUGGACUCCACAUUAUUGUCCCCCUGAGGUCAGACAAGAUCCCAGUAUUUUGUGUCUUGAAAGGGCAUACAGAAUAACUCACCAAAUUGUGUUUUCAAAAAGCAUGUUCAACAAAAGGG